AAGAAGGGUAUUAAAGCAGGUGCAUUUCUGAUGAUAUGGACUUGCAGCGAUGGCUUUCUACAAAGUGAUCUGUGUGGCAACUCUGCUGACUCUCCUGACACAAGAGUCUCACUCACAACUAAGUGUGUGCGGUAAGCCAACACUCAACACCAAGAUUGUUGGAGGACAGGUGGCCACUCCAGGCAGCUGGCCCUGGCAGGCCAGUCUACGAACCUCUGGGUCCCACUUCUGCGCAGGAACCCUCAUUAACAAUCAAUGGGUGAUGACUGCAGCUCAGUGCUGCGCAAGCACGAGCACUCUGACCGUGUAUCUGGGUCUCCAGAGUCUACAGGGAAUAAACCCCAAUCAAGUGUCUCGCACAGUAUCACAGAUCAUCAUUCAUCCCAACUUUAACUCUGGAACUUUUGAAAACAACAUCUGCCUCCUGAAGCUCUCCUCACCCGUGACUUUAACCACCUACAUUCAGCCCGUCUGUCUGGCAGCCACAGGCAGCACCUUCUACAAGGGGACUCUCUCCUGGGCCACCGGCUGGGGCAAUGUUGGAACUGGAGUGCCCCUUCCUUUCCCACAAAACCUAAUGGAGGUGCAGCUGCCGGUUGUAGGAAACAGAGAGUGUACCUGUAACUACGGAGUGAGCUUGAUCACAAACAACAAGAUGUGCACCGGGUUCAGUGCUGGAGGAAAGGACGUCUGUCAGGGGGAUGGAGGAAGUCCGCUCGUGAGCAAGCAGGGCGGUCGCUGGAUCCAGGCGGGAAUCUGGAGUUUUUCCAGUGGUAAGGGCUGUGCCCAGCCUAAUAUCCCAUCAGGCUACACCCGAGUGUCCCAGUAUCAGUCCUGGAUCAACAGCCGGAUCACCAGCAACCAGCCAGGCUUCAUCACCUUUAAAUCCACUGGGACCGACGGUGACCUCAGCAUAAGAUGUCCUGCCACCCCACCCCCAGCAGCUCAAGUGUGUGGUCAGCCUACGCUGAACACCAAGAUUGUUGGAGGACAGGUGGCCUCUGCAGGCAGCUGGCCCUGGCAGGCCAGUCUGCAAACCUCUACAGGGUUCCACUUCUGUGGAGGAACCCUCAUUAACAACGACUGGAGUCUACAGGGAUCAAACCCCAAUAAAGCGUCUCGGACAGUAUCACAGAUCAUCAUUCAUCCCAACUAUAACCCCGCAAAUUUGGAAAACGACAUCUGCCUCCUGAAGCUCUCCUCACCGGUGGCUUUCACUUCCUACAUCCAGCCCGUCUGUCUGGCAGCUCCAGGCAGCACCUACUACAAGGGGACUCUCUCCUGGGCCACCGGCUGGGGUAGAAUUGGAACUGGAGGUGGCGCCAUAGAGUUUGAGAUUCCUCUGGUUGAGUGCGCUCUGAUGCCCUCUGGAGCUUCCAUCUCAGAAGACAGAUACGCCUAA